GCCUACCCGCUCUUCCUCCUUUUCUACGUCCCUGCGCGAGGCCGGCGUCAAGAUGAAUGACACAGUAACAGUCAGGACCCGCAAGUUUAUGACGAACCGGCUGCUUCAGAGGAAGCAAAUGGUUGUCGAUGUGCUGCAUCCGGGCAAGGCCACAGUCCCCAAGACUGAAAUCAGGGAGAAACUUGCCAAGAUGUACAAGACCACCCCCGAUGUUGUGUUCGUGUUCGGAUUCAGGACCCAGUUUGGUGGCGGCAAGACAACAGGCUUUGCGAUGGUGUACGACUCUCUAGAUUUCGCCAAGAAGAACGAACCCAAGCACAGACUUGCCAGGCAUGGACUCUAUGAGAAAAAGAAGACCUCCAGGAAACAGCGCAAGGAACGCAAGAACAGAAUGAAGAAAGUACGAGGCACCAAGAAAGCCAGUGUGGGUGCUGCUGGCAAAAAGUGAGCCCGGACUGCCAGAGGUCUUCAUGCUCAAGAUGUUCUUGUAUAUUGUUAUCCAAUAAAGUUUGGAGAAAAAA